CUCUAGCGACCGAAUUGAGAAACUCUGCAUACUCGAAGUUUGAUUUGGCAUGUAUUAACUUUAAAUUUAGCGUUGGAUGUGAAUGCAGUUUAUUGGAUUUUGUAGAAUGAAAUUUCGUAUGAUAUAUUUAAGAAUGCAGGUAUUGAGAAAAAUAGUAUCUUCUAGAAAAGAAUGCAGUGUCUUAAAGCACCAUUAUUAUUGAAUUCAAGAAGACGUUAUAUAAUAAAUAAGUUAAGUUGUGAUGAGAAAAUAAAAUAAAAUAUAAAUUUUUUUAAGGAUUUUUUUAAAAUUUUGAAUACAAAAGUGCAGUAAAAUAUUUAUGCAAACUUAUUUACAACAUGUAUAUAAUAUAAAUGAUGGAUAUAGACAGUUACAUAAUGCCACGUAAAUGUACAGAUCAUCUUCAUUCAAAACAAUUUUUCUAUCACCAGAGACAAAGUUUGAAAUGUUGUUAUUGUAAAUAUCCAAUAAUUGUUCGACAUAGCCGACAGUUAGAACACACAACUGUAGAAGAACUUUGUGACAAGAUUCUUUCGUGUAAUAUAAGACUUAACAAGAGACAUUUGCAGACAAGAAGUGCUAAAAGUGUUUCAGAUCUUUGUGCUAAUAUUGUUACAAGAGGAAUUGUUCAAGCUGCAAACAGAGAGUGUUUAUGUACGACAACAUAUUCAUCUAAAACUAUUGGAAUAGAUUCUUCGUUAUCAUCAGUAGAACUAAGAAGCAUCAUUUUUCCAAGGAAAUGUUUUAGUCUCCCACACUGUUAUAAACCUCAUUUAAAUUUAAACUGUGGUUGUGCACAAGAUGAAAAAUGUACACCAAAAUGGGAAAUUCGGGAAACAAACAAAACAGUAACAUCAGAAUCUGAAAUAAACCAUGUUAACAGUCAGAAAAGAAUUAAUCCAUCAGAAUUUAAAAUGAAAUUGGAUGUAAUGAAAAAAUGGUUUGGAGAAUUUAAUGAUGAACAGAAAAAUAUAAUGUUAAAGACCCUUAUGAGUCAGUGUGGUGCUUCUCAAAAUCACAUGUUAUCUGUAACGAUGACUCCAAUUAUGCAUCAGUUUUGUCCUCCAAAUUGUGAAGAUUUGUUAUCAUGGUUACCACAAAAUCUAGCUUUAUAUAUACUGUCUUUUCUUGAUACAGUUAGCCUUUCUAUGAGUGCUAUGGUUUGCAAAUCAUGGAAUGUAUUAGCAAGUGAACCGUGUUUGUGGCAAAGGUUUUGUCGCCAGCCUCAGUGGCAAUUAUCUCGUGCAGCUGAACAGAAACAGAUGAUUAAUUAUCGUCUUCCUAAUGGCGGAGUUGAUUGGAAACAAGCUUUUGCUGAAAGAUAUCGUUUGCAAAGAAACUGGUUAAAAGGAUAUUGUCAUGUUCGAACUUUCCAUGGACAUACUCAAGGUGUCUUUUGUGUUCAGUUUGAUGAUACCAGAAUUGUUAGUGGUUCUUCAGAUAAAACAAUAAAGGUCUGGAAUAUUCGUACUAAUAGUCCAUGGUCUGUAAUGACUUUAGUUGGCCAUUCUGGAACAGUUCGCUGUUUACAUCUUGAAGGAAAUAGACUUGUAUCUGGAUCGAGCGAUUGUACAAUUAAGGUUUGGGAUCUCAGUACGCAACAUACUUGGUCAAGUAUUGCCUGCAAAGUGACUAUGGUUGGACAUACUGAUACUGUACGAUGCCUUCAGGUUGAUGAUGAGAAAGUUGUUAGUGGAUCAUAUGAUUGCACAUUGAAACUUUGGGAUAUAAAAACUGGACAGUGUAAAGCAACACUUAGAGGUCAUGAAGGAGCAGUUCUUUGCUUGCAGUUUGAUGAUACUAAAAUUAUAUCAGGAUCAGGUGACAAAACUAUUAAGGUGUGGAAACAGAUUGAUGGACACUGUGUUUUAACACUUUGUGGCCAUCAAGAUGCAGUAACAUGCCUUCAAUUUGAUUCUUCAAAGAUUAUAAGUGGUUCUUUGGAUCGAACUAUUAAGUUUUGGAACAUAAAUACUGGCAAUUGUUUAAGUACAUUAGAUUGGAUGAAAUCUGAAGGCCAUACUGGUGUAGUAAGAUGCUUACAAGCUGAUCAUUGGAGAAUUGUAAGUGCUGGAGAUGAUAAAACUCUCAAAGUAUGGAGUCUUGAAACUGGACAAAGAUUUGUCACAUUACGUAACCAUACAGACGGAGUAACUUGUCUUCAGUUUAAUGACGGCGUCAUUGUGUCAGGAUCAUAUGAUCAAACUGUAAAAUUAUGGGAUUUUAGCGUAUGUUAAAUAUUGUGUUUGUGAUAUGCAAAAUAAGAAUAUUUUUUGAAGUGAAUUUUAUAGUCUUCCUUAUGAUUUUAAUUGAAAAAUGAAAUUUUCUUAAAAGCAUAAUUUAUGCUAUGCAUUUAAUUUUAUUUUUAAUUUGAU